GGCCUCCCUAGCGCCAUGCUGGGCUUUCGGGGAGCAGUGCUUGCACGGGGCCUGCGGGUCGUGGCGUCGGCAUGGCUGCGGGACUCGAGUUGCCGUGCCCUGGCCGUGGCGCACACAGCAGGCGCGCCCCGCGCAGGGGACUGGCUGUCCCCAGCCCCACCGCAGCUACACCGGCGCCCGCUCAGCCUUUCGGCCGCGGCGGUCGUGAGCUCGGCGCCCCGCCCUGUGCAGCCCUAUCUGCGCCUCAUGCGGUUGGACAAGCCCAUUGGAACCUGGCUACUGUAUUUGCCAUGUACCUGGAGCAUUGGUUUGGCAGCUGAACCAGGUUGUUUUCCAGAUUGGUACAUGUUAUCCCUCUUUGGCACUGGAGCUAUUCUGAUGCGUGGAGCAGGCUGUACUAUUAAUGACAUGUGGGACCAUGACUACGAUAAAAAGGUUACAAGAACAGCAAAUCGUCCGAUAGCUGCUGGAGACAUUUCAAUUUUUCAGUCCUUUGUUUUUCUUGGAGGACAGCUGACCUUGGCACUGGGUAUUCUUCUGUGUUUGAAUUACUACAGUAUAGCUCUGGGAGCAGCAUCCUUACUUCUUGUCAUCACCUACCCACUAAUGAAGAGAAUUACAUACUGGCCUCAGUUAGCCUUGGGGCUGACUUUUAAUUGGGGAGCAUUACUUGGAUGGUCUGCUGUCAAGGGUUCCUGUGAUCCAUCUGUGUGCCUGCCUCUUUAUUUUUCUGGAGUUAUGUGGACACUGAUAUAUGAUACUAUAUAUGCUCAUCAGGACAAAAGAGACGAUGCUCUGAUUGGUCUUAAGUCCACAGCACUGCGGUUCCAAGAAAACACCAAGCAGUGGCUAACUGGCUUCAGUGUUGCCAUGAUGGGGGCGCUGAGCCUAGUGGGAGUAAAUAGUGAUCAAACUGUACCAUACUAUGCUGCUCUGGCCACCGUCGGAGCCCAUCUAGCUCACCAGAUUUACACCCUAGACAUCCACAGACCUGAGGAUUGUUGGGAUAAAUUUACCUCCAACCGAACAAUAGGAAUAAUCAUUUUUUUAGGGAUUGUCCUUGGGAACUUGUGGAAAGAAAAGAAGAUAGAUGAAACAAAGACAAAUAAAGAUAGUAAAAUAGAAAAUUAGCAAAUAAAGUUUAGGAAUUAGGAAAACAAAUUUUGACAAAACACCCUCAGGCCUUGCAAGCACAUAAUUAGGUAAAAUAAGCAAUCUGGUGCAAUAUGUUAAAGAAGUAAGAACCAAAAGAUGAAGAUUUAUAUCAUAUUUACCUGGGUUUUAAUUCAUCUAUUUGCUAGCAGAAUUAUUCCCCUGUCACAGAAACCAGGGACUCUCUUAAGAUUUGAGAUGACCUUGAUAUUUAAGUUGAUGCAUUCUUCUGCCCAUUAUAAUUCUCAUCUGAAGUUAUGGAAAUCAUGAGAGUUUUGGCACUUUAGAAAAACCCUGAUGUGUAUCUCAUCAAAAUGAAUGUCUCUGUAGGAAAAUAUAGUUUCUAUUUAUUUUUUAUAUUAUCUAAUUAUAAUUUAUAAACUAGAAACAUGUUUGAAUGUAUCAUUCUUCUCCGUACCCCUUCAGAAUGUUUCCAACACAGCAACCAGAGUAAUUCUCUUAAGUGACCUAAGUAAGGUCAUGUCAUUCCUCUGCCCAGAACCCUCCAGGAUCUCCCCUGGUCGCUCAGUACAAACUCAGAAUCCUGUUACCUGCUAGACUUUCAUGAUCUGGCUUCAUCUCUCAUUACUCUUCAUACUCAAACCUGCUCCAGCCAUGCUGUGUGCCUUACUGUUCUCAGUCAGUGUAGGCAGACUCCUACCCUAGGGCCUUUUCAUAUACUAUUCACUUUGCUUGAGUGAAAACUAGGUCUUACUCCUUUACUGCAGGUCUUUUUCUCUUCCCCGCUUCCCUCCCCCCUACCCAUCCUUUCUUCCUUCUUUUCUCUCACUGAAUUGUGAUCUUCCUGCAUCCACCUCCCAAAUCACUGGAAUAUAAGCACGCACUACUGCACCUGGCUUCCAGUCUUUUCUUGAACCUCACCUUCUCAAAGAGGCUUUUCUUAGUCACUGUUUCUAAAAUUUAUACAGAUAUUACCCAUACUUCCUGUCUCUAAAAAGCUCUUCGUUGCUUUUUUCUUGCAGCACUUAUUGUUAACCUAAAAUACCUUUUACUUGAUUUAAGUGACUAUCAUGGACAAUGAAAUGAAGAGGCAAUCACUUGUAUAUGUGGGUUGUGGGCAGCAACAAAUGUUAACUUGUAUAAUAUUGAUGACAGUGACAGUAAUGCAACCGACUGAGCACUUACAUAUUCCCCUCACUGAUCAAUAAGCAUAGGAAAAAUUGUUUAACUUUUUCCAGCAAAUAAUGAAACAUUGAAAGUGUUAAGACUUAGGACAGAAGUAGCAGCUGUAACUUUGCUGUAGUAGCAGUGAAUUGAAGGAGGAAGAAGGAGGAACAUGGUACCCUACUUUUAAUUAAAUAUGAUUGCCUUUAAUUUUACCUAAUUCUUACACUGAUCAAGAUAGAAUUUAAGGGCUGGGGAUGUGGCUUAAGCGGUAGCACACUCGCCUGGCAUGCGUACGGCCCG